AUGCGACUUUGUUGUCGGUGGCCAGAAACAGCGAGGAAGCUCUCCAGGGUUUUUACAAUGGAGGAUACCCAAGAAAUUGAUGAGGUGCAAGAAGUGAUUUCUGACAAAACAUCUGAAAAGGAGGAAGAGACUCGUGAUGAGGUUCUCGCACGCCACAGGAAAGAGAUAUCACAAUUGCAGAAAAAAGAAGUUGAAAUGAAAAAGCAAGCAGCUAGAGGUAGCAAGGCUGAGCAAAAAACUAAGAAAAAGCAAGUGGAGGAAGAGGUUUCUCAACUUUCUACUAAGCUCAAAGAGAAACAUACCAAAGAACUGUCUACAUUAGGCUAUAGCAGUGGUAAUGGAAAUGAAAAGAGCAAUUUAGACAAUUUGGUGAAGGCCAUAGCUGGAGUAACUGUUAGUAGUCAACCUGAGAAUACAAAGGUCAGCAAGGCAAAACAGAGGCGUGACAAAAGAGCUCAACAAGAAGCAGAGAGGGAACUGAGAAUCCAAGCCGAGCAGAAUGACAUUAUAAGUGAUCGCAUGGUUGAAAAUGAGAAACUGGAAAGGAAGUUGAAACCUCUCGGUUUGACUGUGUGUGAAAUAAAGCCUGAUGGACAUUGCCUUUACAGAGCUGUUGAAAAUCAGUUGGGCCACCUCUCUGGGGGUAAAUCUCCAUAUACAUACGAAGAACUUCGAAAACUGGCAGCUGCUUACAUGAGGAAGCAUACAUCGGAUUUCCUUCCAUUUUGCCUGUCAGAGAAUUUAAUCGAAGGUGACUCUGAUGAAUCAAUUGCUCAGAAGUUUGAAAAUUAUUGCAAAGAAGUAGAAUCCACAGCAAUAUGGGGAGGACAACUAGAGCUCGGUGCUUUGACUCACUGUCUGAAGAAGCAUAUUGUGAUAUUUUCAGGGUCCUUCCCUGAUGUGGAGAUGGGGAAGGAGUAUAAACCGGUCGAUGGUAUUUGUUCGUCUAGUUCCAGUAUCAAGCUUUCUUACCAUAAGCAUGCUUUUGGGCUUGGUGAGCAUUAUAAUUCUGUGGUCUCAACAUGA